CGGACAGUAGUUGUGUUAACCAAUCAAAAUAGAUCUAACUGCAUCCCCGCUGAACGCUCGACUUCACUGGGUGGACUGCACAUUUCUGGAAUCUGCAAUUCAUAGUGUUUUUGAGUCAACAAUCACGAUAAAGAUGCAGUUCAUGCUGCUGUUCAGUCGGCAGGGUAAGCUGCGGCUGCAGAAGUGGUAUGUUCCCCUGUCAGACAAAGAGAGGAAGAAGAUCUCCAGGGACCUGGUCCAGACCAUUCUAGCCCGUAAGCCCAAGAUGUGUUCCUUCCUGGAGUGGAGGGACCUCAAGAUCGUCUACAAGAGAUACGCCAGCCUGUAUUUCUGCUGUGCGGUGGAAGAUCAAGACAAUGAGCUCAUCACGCUGGAGAUCAUCCACAGAUACGUAGAGCUGCUGGAUAAGUACUUUGGCAGUGUGUGUGAGCUGGACAUCAUCUUUAACUUUGAGAAGGCCUACUUCAUCCUGGAUGAGUUCCUGCUAGGAGGAGAGGCUCAGGAGACCUCCAAGAAGAACGUACUGAAGGCUAUAGAGCAGGCCGACCUGCUGCAGGAGGAAGCUGAAGCCCCACGGAGUGUCCUGGAGGAGAUUGGCCUGACAUAAACUCCCUCCAUCACUGCCCCAACUAUCUCCCUCUCUUUACUCUCUCUCUCUCUUCACGGGGGCCCAAACAUCUUGUUCUCGCUCCUUUGAUGUGCUGUAGUGUUGUCUUGUACUAAAACUCUUAUCAUGUUGUUAAUGUUACUUGUGCCAACUGUCUGUUCCUUGUUUUUUUUUGUACCUCGUCAAACACUCACCUUUUGAAACCCCUGGGGUACAUGCAGCCAUUGGCCACAGACGACACCAAUAAUAACUGAAAUCUCACCCACCUUCCUUAAGUCAGUGUUUCUGUUGUACGUGACAUGUCCGUGACGGGCAUUUUAACUCCAGUCUCGUCUAGAGAAUUUAAAACAAUUCAAAGUAUAUCAUAAAGAGUAAGAAACCCAUUUUUUACUUAAAGGGGAUGUUCUCAAGUAAAAGAAAGCAAAACGAUGUCAGUAUUUUUAAAGAAGUGUUACAGUUUAAAAGUAUUCAUGUUCAUUCUUUCAUUGUUUGACCAAAGAACACUGUGUUAUAAUCAUAUCGUUUUGAAGAUAAUUGGUGUUUAGGGGGAAAAUAUGUGCUCUCUCAGGGUUGGGGUCAAUUCUAUUUAAAUUCCUAUCAAUUCAGAAAGUAAACCAAUUUACACUUUUUUACUCAUUGAAGGAAAUGUGCAUUGGAAUAUCAGUGUAUUCCUGAAUUUAAAUGGAAUUGACCCAAGCCUUGCUCUGUAUAGCCUGAGUCCCAGAUCUUUGUGCUGUCUUGCUACCUCCUGUGUCGUUCAAUAUGUUCAGUUGGGAAGACAGCACAAACACACCUGGGACUCCUCCCAUUCUGCAUGCUCUAAAAGGCAAGGGAAGAGUAACACCGCCCACUCUGCAUGCUCUAAAAGGCAAGGGAAGAGUAACACUGGGGACUCCGCCCACUCUGCAUGCUUUAUAAGGCAAGGGAAGAGUAACACUGGGGACUCCCCCCACUCUGCAUGCUUUAAAAGGCAAGGGAAGAGUAACUCCUCCCACUCUGCAUGCUCUAAAAGGCAAGGGAAGAGUAACACCGCCCACUCUGCAUGCUUUAAAAGGCAAGGGAAGAGUAACUCCUCCCACUCUGCAUGCUCUAAAAGGCAAGGGAAGAGUAACUCCGCCCACUCUGCAUGCUUUAAAAGGCAAGGGAAGAGUAACACUGGGGACUCCUCCCAUUCUGCAUGCUUUAAAGGGCAAGGGAAGAGUAACUCCUCCCACUCUGCAUGCUUUAUAAGGCAAGGGAAGAGUAACUCCUCCCACUCUGCAUGCUUUAUAAGGCAAGGGAAGAGUAACUCCUCCCACUCUGCAUGCUUUAUAAGGCAAGGGAAGAGUAACUCCUCCCACUCUGCAUGCUUUAAAAGGCAAGGGAAGAGUAACACUGGGGACUCCUCCCAUUCUGCAUGCUUUAAAGGGCAAGGGAAGAGUAACUCCUCCCACUCUGCAUGCUUUAUAAGGCAAGGGAAGAGUAACUCCUCCCACUCUGCAUGCUUUAUAAGGCAAGGGAAGAGUAACUCCUCCCACUCUGCAUGCUUUAUAAGGCAAGGGAAGAGUAACACUAGUGAAAAUGAACAAAAAGGGAUUCUGUUACUAAUCAAACUUCUAUUCGUCACACAAUGUUUUAACUGUCAAUGAAAAUGCAUUUAGGGCACUUGAUUCGUAGCCUGGUUCUGAACUUAAUUCUGUUCAUGAAGUGAUCGUGAAACUGGAAUAUUCUGUUUGAAUCAUAACAGGCUACUUGUUAUUGAGGAAGGUUGUGACAAUUGAAGCACAAAUCAUGAAGUACUCCCACUAUAUCACUGCCUGUGCUUAGUGCACACGGACAUGACCAGUUAUUGAAUUAGUGCACACGGACAUUAUUGAAUUACCAGUUAUUGAAUUAGUGCACACGGACAUUAUUGAAUUACCAGUUAUUGAAUUGUUUACAAAAACCAUUGGUUAAAGAAGCCUAAACCUGUUGCAAUUCCCUGUCUACCGUACAGACUGCUCCUUCACCAAUGACCAGAAUGGUGUCCUGUGAGGACAUUUAAUGUUCUCUUUCAGCUUGUACUGUAUUUGCUCUUUAACUGUGGUGACAUCCCAAAUGGCACCCUAUUCCCUACAUAGUGCACUACUUUUGGCCAGAGCCUAUGAAGAAGUGCACUAAAUAGGGAAUAGGGGAACCAUGUCUUGCUCCUGUGUACAUUAUGAAUAAUUUCAAAGUAUUGCAUUUUAUUUUACACAGACAACUGUCACUACUUCAGUUCUCUCAUACUGUAAAUCAUUAAAACAAUUACAUGUCUAUGGAUUAGCAGAA